GUUUUCUUAUUAUUUUUCUUGGUCGGCAAAAGCAAGCAGUAAAAUUCAACCACCACAGAAGGGCAUUCUGGGCAACAAAAGCAGCGGCAUCUGCAAAUCUCCACAUUAACCAAGGACAAAAUGGUAAACUCACCAUCCGUCGUCGGCCAUUUCCCCGUAAGAAAAAAUAUAAAACGAUAAACCCUCAUUUUGUUCAGCAGAAAAAUAACGAAAGCUUUUCUCUCCCUCUCUCUGAUCGCUUGCUUUACUUCCAAAACACAAAAACCAGUCAGUGGAUUCAACUUUUUCACCUGAAAAAUCCCAACUUUUUUAAUUUUUCUGACACCCUUUUCAGCUGCAAGUCCUCCGUGAAACAGCAUAAUGUGUGGAGGUGCUAUUAUUUCCGAUUUCAUAGCGCCGGCGGCACGGUCCCGGCGGCUGACCGCCGACUACCUCUGGCCCGAUCUCAAAAAACCCAGUUCGGGAAAGCGGUUCUCGAAGCCUCUGAGGUCCGAAAUCGUUGACUUGGACGACGACUUCGAGGCUGAUUUCCAGGAAUUCAAGGACGAGUCCGAUGUGGACGAGGACGAUGAAAUGGUUGAUUUCAAGCCCUCUGCCUUCUCUGCCGGAAAGCCCUCUUCUGCCCGUGGUUCUACUGCUGUGAAAUCUGUGGAGUUCAAUGGGCAAGCUGAGAAAUCUGCAAAGAGAAAAAGGAAGAACCAGUACAGGGGAAUUCGCCAGCGCCCAUGGGGAAAGUGGGCUGCAGAGAUCCGCGACCCAAGGAAAGGGGUUCGGGUUUGGCUUGGAACUUUCAACACUGCAGAAGAAGCUGCAAGGGCAUAUGAUGCCGAGGCACGCAGAAUUCGUGGUAAGAAAGCCAAGGUUAACUUCCCUGAAGAAACCCCUCGUGCUUCUGCAAAGCGUUCUGUGAAGGCAAAUUCUCAGAAACUGAUACCCAAGACAAACGUGAAUGGCACUGAGUCUAAUCUGAACCAGAAUUUCAAUUUUGUGAACGACUCAAGUCAGGACUAUUACAGUGCUCUGGGUUUUCUGGAUGAAAAGCCAACAUUGAAUAACUUUGGGUAUAUGUCUACCUUCCUUGCCAAUGGAGAUGUUGCACUGAAAUCCUCUACUCCAUCCGAUCCUGCCCCCUUUUAUUUGAGUUCCGAUCAGGGAAGCAACUCAUUUGAUUGUUCUGACUUCGGCUGGGGAGAACAAGGCUCAAAGACUCCAGAAAUCUCAUCAGUUCUUUCUUCUGUGAUGGAAGAAACUGAUGACUCACUGUUUCUCGAGGAUGCUAACCCAACGAAGAAGCUGAAGCCCAACUCACAGGAUCUGGUGCUUCCUCAGGAUAAUGCAGGAAAGACACUGUCUGAUGAGCUCUCAGCUUUUGAGAUGAAGUACUUUCAGACCCCAUAUCUUGAUGGGAGCUGGGAUGCUUCAGUGGACGCCUUCCUUAACGGAGACGCAACUCAGGAUGGUGGUAAUCCGGGGGACCUAUGGACCUUUGACGAUCUGCCCGCAAUUGUUGGAGGAACUUUCUGAGAGAUGAACCUUACCCCAGCUUUCCAGUUUAUGUAAAUAAAGCUACAUGAUGUGUUUCGGGUUGGAGUACAUCUGUGCAAGCUGUUGACAUGGAUAAGGCUUGUACGGGGGAGCAUUUAAGCCGUAGCUAAUGGCGUAUGGAGAUCGUAUAGGUAAUGGGUCCACUUUCUCGUCCAAAGAACUUGUGGUUUCUGAACUUUCAUGUUUGUAACGAUGAAAUUGUGUGAGUUAUGAUGAUACUGAAACCUCAUAAUUCUGUACUUGUUUAAAUUUAUUUCGGUCUUCCUUUUUACAAGAGGCCAUCAGAUUUUGCAUUGUUUGGUUUUCAGUUCUAUGUACUUUUGACUUGGUGUUUGUAGAGAGAGAGAGAGAGAGAGAGAGAGAGAGAGAGAGAUCUGUAUGACAAUCUGACCUUUGAGGAUGACGGAAUUACCAAAAGGCCAUGCCAUUUUCGUUU